AUGGCUGUUCCCAUGUUUGAGAAGAAGACAGCAGUAGAAUGGGAGAAGCUUGAUGUGCCCCACCAUGAGCAGAGAAGGCUGGCAAAGGAAACUCAACUUGAGGAGAUGAAGAAGGCAUUGGCUUCAAUAGAAAAGCUUUUGAAGGUGAAAAAAGCAUUGUUUGUUGGAGGUCCAAAUGGGUUGCAGGCAAAACAUGCACGCUCAAUCCAGAGUUACCUCACAAUGGUCAUCAAGAAGAAAUGUCUCUCCAUUGAUGUGUCACAGAGGGCAGCAGAAAGUCAUGGAUUUGCUGCAAACUGGGGUGGCCACCAAGUGUGCAGCUGGACCAGGCUGUGGGUGGCAGAUCACAGACUCCCUGAAUCUUUACAAGGUCAACAUGCAAAGGUGUACUCCCUUCUUGGUGAUCCCACCAUUGCCACUGAGCUGCGCACAUAUGCCCACUCAAAAAAAUGGGUCAUAAAUCCAGAAAAGCUCAUUCAACUCUCACAAGAUAGGCUUAUCCCUGCUGAGGCCACAAAAUAUGCACAAAAACUUGUUGAGGAGGAGAUGCCCCAUGGUCAAGGGCUUCACCAAAGUGAUGUUAUCUCCUCCAUGGUUGGUCACUUGGUUGAAGCAGGAGAAACAAUGGAAUAUGGCAAGAACCAUGAAGGCUACUGGUGUGGUGAGAAUUUCUGCACUCAGCUUACUGAGAAAAUCAUCCCCACAUUUGAGCAUGCUUGCUGUCCCAGAUAUCAAGCACUAUUUCUCAUUGACAACUCUCAAGGACAUUCUGCAUAUGCUGAGGAUGCUCUUCUUGUCAGCUGCAUGAAUAUUCAUCCAGGGUGGAAACAGGCCAACAUGUGGAAUGGGUAG